UGGUGUUAGGGUUUGGUUUUGAUAUUUAGAUCCGUAGCUACUUGAAAAAAGGGCUCGUCUUUGCCGUUCAAUUGCUUGAGAAGCCGAUUGUAAUGGCGCCUUUGAAAGAAAUCUUACCUCCUGCUAAGUCGAAAACUUCAUCAAAUUACGAUCAUUCAAACGACCCAUGGUUCAAGCAGAGAUUCACCUCCACGGAGGAAGAGCAAGGUACGGUUCUUAACCAUAAACCUAUACCUCCUUACAUGAAUCGCAAGGGUUUUGUUCCUCGGAAAGUGGAGGAUUUUGGAGAUGGAGGUGCUUUUCCGGAGAUUCAUAUUGCUCAGUACCCUCUUGGUAUGGGUAGGGAUAAGUCUGCGAAACCCGGGUCGAGAAUCUUGCCUUUGACUGUUGAUGCUAAUGGAAACGUUGCGUAUGAUGCCAUUGUGAAGCAGAAUGAGAAUUCGAAGAAGAUUGUUUAUUCGAAGCAUACGGAUAUUAUUCCGAAGUUUUUAAAGAAUGAAGAGGAGAGUGUUGAGGACGAGGAUCUGGAGAAGGAGAUUGAGGAGACAACGCUGGAAACUAAAACUGCUCUUGAGAAGAUUGUUAAUGUAAGAUUGAGUGCGGCACAGCCGAAGAAUGUGCCGACGCAUUCUUCGGAUUCGAAGUACAUUAAGUACAAGCCUUCUCAGCAAUCAGCUGCUUUUAAUUCAGGGGCGAAGGAGAGGAUAAUCAGAAUGGUGGAGAUGCCGGUUGAUCCGCUUGAGCCACCUAAGUUCAAGCAUAAGAGGGUUCCUAAGGCUUCUGGGUCUCCUCCUGUGCCAGUCAUGCACUCACCUCCUAGACCUGUGACUGUAAAAGAUCAGCAGGAUUGGAAAAUCCCUCCUUGUAUCUCAAACUGGAAGAAUCCUAAAGGUUAUACAAUACCUCUUGAUAAGCGUCUAGCGGCUGAUGGAAGAGGUCUGCAGGAUGUUCAGAUUAAUGAUAAUUUUGCGAAGUUAUCAGAGUCACUUUAUGUUGCUGAGCAGAAGGCUAGAGAAGCUGUUGCUAUGCGAUCGAAGGUUCAAAAGGAGAUGAUGAUGAAGGAGAAGGAUAAGAAGGAGCAGGAACUGCGUGCGUUAGCUCAGAAAGCACGCUCUGAACGAACUGGUGCAGCACCACCAAUGUCCGCUCCAGUCUCAUCCAAUAAGAAUGCAAUGGAUGAUGUUGAUAUGGUAGAAGAUUAUGAUCGUGGGAGAGAAAGGGAGAGGGAUGCUCCUAAAGAGUCAAGACAGGAGAGGGAAGAGAGACUACAGCGUGAGAAAAUUCGUGAGGAGCGACGUCGCGAGAGGGAGAGGGAGAGAAGGUUGGAGGCUAAAGAUGCUGCCAUGGGUAAGAAGAGCAAGAUUACAAGAGAUAGAGAUCGUGACAUUAGUGAGAAAGUUGCUCUUGGUAUGGCUUCUGCUGGGGCUGGCAGAGGAGAGGUUAUGUAUGACCAGAGAUUGUUUAACCAGGAGAAAGGAAUGGAUUCUGGUUUUGCCACAGAUGACCAAUAUAAUGUUUAUGACAAGGGCCUAUUUACAGCUCAGCCUACUCUUUCAACACUCUAUCGGCCACAGAAAGAUGUCGAUUCUGAUACGUAUGGAGGUGCUGAUGAGCAGUUAGAUAAAAUUAUGAAGACGGAGAGGUUCAAACCUGACAAGGCUUUUGCUGGCACUUCUGAGAAGGCUGGUCCAAGGGACAGGCCAGUUGAGUUCGAAAAGGAUGUAGAAGAAGCUGAUCCAUUUGGUUUGGAUCAGUUCUUGACUGAAGUGAAGAAGGGCAAGAAAGCCAUGGACAAGGUGGGUAGUGGUGGUACAAUGAGAGCUAGUGGCGGGUCUUCAACUAGAGACGGACAUGAUGGAGGCUCUGGUAGAACUCGCAUUGGCUUUGAGAGGGGCCGCUAGGGAAUACAUGUGUCGAUAAAGUUGGAUUCAUUGCAAAAUUUUAGAAUGAGCGACUCCUCCGAUACCUGUGCUGUUGUUGGUACUCUGCUUACCAAGGUGAUCGUCAAAAAUUAAUGCAUUCAGGUAUAUGUUUCAAGAUACCGUACUGAAUGUUGCCAAUUAACUAAUCUAGUUAGGCAUUGUUGUAGUAUAUGCUCUUUUGCAUAACAAUCGUAAAACAGGUAGAUUACUCGUUGCUAAUUUUAAUCAUGCAUCCGACUCUUCUGUUUGUUACA